AUGAACGAAGAACAUGUUCUCUGCAUGGUGGAGAGCAUGGUGGGUGCCAAUCAAGGAGAAAUGUAUGAAAACAAGGUCUAUUCAGUAAGUGAUGGAAGCAAAGGAAAGAUAGACAAGGCAGCAUUAAAGAAUAGGCUUCCACAAGGAGACUGGAACUCUCCUUACACAGAGAUAAUGGUGAGAGUAGAGGACGACGUGAAGAUAUCGGUGCAGAAUAGCCCAAUAUAUAUCUAUGGAGAGUACACAAAGAUGGAUAGAAACAUGACACAAUCGCCUUUAGUAGUAGAAGGACGACUCAAAUGCAAUAGGAGCGUGUCGGAUUUUAAGUCCCAAGUCAAGGAGUUCUUUCUAGCAGAUGAUGUUAUCUUUACUCCUGCAGGAAGAGAAGACUUUGAUGUUCGAAUGGUUGAAGGAAGGCCCUUUCUCCUUUCUGUAAAAAACCCCCGAAGAAACCUCAGCUUUGAGAGGUUGAAUCUGGCUCUUUAUAAAGAAGUCGAAAUAAGAAACCUGAGCGUGGUGAGGAAGGAAUGCAAGAGCGUGAUCUUUGGGGGAGAGAACCAAUCAAACAAAACAUACUCUAUAUUUCUGUGCUGUAAAAAGGAGCUUGCCCUGCAAAACUAUUACAUAGUGGAACAGAGGACACCACUGAGGGUUCUACACAGAAGAGCCAAUCUGGCCAGGAUAAAGAAGGCUUGGAUUCUCGAAUCGGAAAAGAGAGAGGUUGAAGGGUGGAUAUAUUACCGGAUUGUUCUUGAAGCCAGUGCUGGAAUGUACAUCAAGGAGUUUGUGAAUGGAGACUUUGGAAGGACAGUCCCAUCUCUUGGAAGUAAAGAAAACUACUGUGAUUUGCUUGAGUUGGAUGUCCUAAGGGUAGAGAAGAAAAGCAUAGAAGACUUUUUGGUGAGGAAUAUUGAGCUAGAUGUUACUAGAUGCUGA